AUGCGGCAAAGCGCACGCCGCCUGAUCGAGAGUUUGUACGAGCCUCUGUACCGUAUCCCGCCCUAUCUACAGGAUUAUCCUUUCGUGGGUAGCGACACGGAGACCUCUAGCUCGCCCAACAGCGAGGGGCGGGCUGAGCUUGCCCCUGUACAGCAAGAAGAGACCCUGAUAGACCUAAGCCAGGAGAUGGAUGUGGACCCUACCCCGUCUGAGACAGAACCGUCGAUUGCCCAGCAAAUCAACAUGAUCAGCGAACCAGAAACGCCUGCACCAGUGACGCCUGCCCCCAGGGGUCGCACUCUGAGUAAGAGGCGCCCCCGCAUCGUCACUUCCUUGGGGGCAACGAGGCGGAGCGCUAGACACCAAGUAACGCAAGAAGCCGCCCCCAUUGCCAGUUCGCCUGCUACAGGGGACACCCCUCCAGCGAAGAGGACCCGAAGCAAGCAGCCAACCUACCGAGAACGAUCAGUAUCGACUAGCGAUAUUACUAGCGAUAAUGUAGUGACAGCCUUUCUAAAAUCGCCGGAGGCAUCUCUUAUUCCUGCACCUACCCCCUCAGGGCAUUUGACUACGAUCGUCUUGGCCGAGGACAACACGCUUGCCCGCUCAGUAUCAAGGAAACGGGACGAGCGGGCACGCGUGUGCCUCUUUAUUUCGCGACAAAUCGACUUUAACACCUGGAAACAUACACCCCAUUCGAGGGACAUUCAAGAGCUUGAUCUGACCGAUGCUGAUGGCACCUUAGGCCUUGUCAGUGACCUCACUAUUAACAAUAUUAACGAUUACGUUCUCUUACUGGGGGACUUCAACCUUCACCACCCGACCUGGGGCGGCGAAAAUGCUGCCCGAGAUACCCUUUCUAACCAGUUACUUGAUUUAAGCGAUAGAAGGUAUCUGGAUCUCUGGCUAGAGCCGGGCAUCACUAUCAGAGACGAAGCCGGAACGAAGACCACGAUCGACCUAGUCCUUGGCUCACAGGACCUGACCCCUAGACUCGUUACCUGUGAGGUCACUGAAAAGAUUUACGCAGAUUCCGAUCACCUACCUAUACGGACCCUUAUCGACAUCUAA